AUGCCCAGCUCGGAGAGCCCGGAAGAGAUUGAGGUGUUGUGUGAAACGGAUGGUUCUGACCAAGUUCAAGAUCGUUUGGGAAUCCCGAUUGAGACCAGGGCGACGGCCAUUUACACUGAUCUUGGAAGCAUGGAUGAUCAGCCAAGGAGCGUGGCGAUUUGUCCCAACCGAAAGUGCGUUGCAUUUGGAUGUCGGAUGGGCAUCGAACUUCACUGGGUCGACGCUCUUACCGGGGACCAUCUCAACCGCUGGUUUCCUCUUUCCGCGCCGAGCGACUACCUGUAUUUCCUGCCUCAGCGACGUGGGGUGGACUCGAGGAGGAAGCUCAGAUUGAUAUCGAGUGCCGCAGGACCAGUUGUCACUCAGCUGCUGAGAAGCGACAGUACACCGGCCAAGUCGAAAUUCUUCCCUACCCCAGCAACCCUUGGUCGACGCCAAAGCUUGACUAGACUUUUCUUUGGGAACAUGCCAUUCCCCACGCCCGCCGGUGGUUCAGGGGAGUUAUCCGGUUCUGUCAGCCCCCAAGGAGCCGAUGAAGGCCAAGGGGUUCUGCGGACUGUUGAUUGUGAUCACUUCCAUGCGAUCCCAGUGAGCGACGGCUUUCACCUCGUUUUCACGGAUCCAGACAGUGGGCUUCUCUGCUUGGGUAGCGAUGCACCGCUGGGAGGUCCAACCAAACUUAUUCGAAAGAUCAUGUUCAUUCCUCCCGGACAGAGCGACCGAAUGCCUGCCCCACGCCGCUACGCAGUUGGCAAAGCGCUUGAAUGGGGAUUGAGGCUCGUCGUGGUCUACGAUAAUGAUGAGGUCGUGCUCUUCAAUAUUCCCUCUGAUGUUUUCGGGCAACUGCAAGACCAGAGAAGCUCGACCGACAUCUGGGACGAGAAUUCUGGCGUGGUUGGGCAAAGUGAUCUGAUCAUGGACUCUCUGAUGAAUCGCGAUGGAAGUGGCUCGCCUAGUGCUGUGACAGCCCGAGGAGCCCCAGAAAGCGACGCCAGCUCUGCUCAUGUGCCACAGCAAUUUGGUGGUUGUGUCAUUGCUCGUAUUACUGAUCAGGUGGUCGAUGACAUUGCGGUCCAGUCCGACAACGGUGGACUUUCUGUUUGGUUCUUCUACAGAAAUGGGCUUGCUGAACUCUAUAGCAUCUAUGCGCCUCGUCCCCAUCAAGUGCGAAGAAGGGUUGUGGGAGAGAAUGGCCUCAUCUCGGACUGUGACAACCAGAUGCCUAUCGAGACCAAGACUGAUGCUCAGCCGGCAAAGGGAAAAGAGAGAGAGGACCAAGGAGCCAAACACGUCAAAUGGGCCGGCCAGGGAAUUAUGGACUGA